AUGGACUUCCUCAUCGCAGCAAACACCCACUUUGGGUUUAAUCUUUUCAGAGAGUUGAAGAAAAUACAUGAUGGAAAUAUCUUGUUUUCGCCUGUUGGUAUGUCAACUGCUGUUGGCAUGAUCUUCCUGGUGACCCAAAGAGUCACCACCUCCCAGUUGCAGAAGGUGUUUCAUCUUGAAAAAGAUACAGAAAGUUCUGGAAUAAAAGAUGAAGAUAAAAAGGUUAUAGAGAAUACAGAAGAGAUACAUGAGCAAUUACAAACAUUUUUGACUGAAAUAAGAAAACUCUCUGAAGAUUAUGACUUGUACAUAGCCAACAGAUUGUUUGGAGAAAAAACAUAUCUCUUUCUUCAAAAAUAUUUAGAUUAUGUUGAGAAAUAUUACCAUGCAUCAAUGGAACCUGUUGAUUUUCUAAAUGAAGCUGACCAAAGUCGAAAGAAGAUGAAUGCUUGGGUUGAAAGCCAAACAAAUGAAAAGAUCAAAGAUGUAUUUCCUGAAAACUCUAUAAGUAGCUCCACAAAGCUGGUGCUGAUAAAUGCAAUUUAUUUGAAAGGAAAGUGGGAUAGGGAGUUCAAGAAAGAAAAUACAAAGGAGGAGGAGUUUUGGCUGAAUAAGAGUACAAGUAAGCCUGUGCAGAUGAUGGCACAGAGACAUUCCUUUAGCUUUGUUUUCCUGGAAGACUUGCAGGCCAAAAUUGUGGGGAUCCCAUAUAGAAACAACGAGCUCAGCAUGUUUGUGCUUCUGCCCAAUGACAUCGAUGGCCUGGAGAAGAUUGUAGAUAAAAUGUCUCCAGAGAAGUUGGUGGAGUGGACCAACCCUGGGAAAAUGGAAACAAGGAAUGUGAGCUUGCACCUGCCCCGGCUGCAAGUGCAGGACAGCUAUGACCUGGAGGCUGUCCUGGUGGCUCUGGGGUUUGGAGAUCCUUUCAGUGAACUGGAGGCAAACUGCUCAGGAAUGUGCCUGCAAUCCAAGCUGCAGGCCCAGAAAUUCCUGCACAGGUCCUUCCUGGAGGUGACUGAGGAGGGAACUGAGGCUACUGAAGCCGCCAGCAUGACCUUUACAGUCUCACCAGACUCAGGCUGUGAAAAUGUUCACUGUAAUCAUCCUUUCCUGUUCUUCAUCAGACACAAUGAGGCCAACAAUCUUCUUUUCUUUGGGAGAUUUUCUUCUCCAUAA